GAGAGGCGCCGGGAUCGCGAGCGCCGGCUGAGACAGCGGUGGCCGGGAGGCUGUGUCCUCAAGCUGGCAGGGCGAGGCGGCUGGGCUGCUGCGCCUCAGGCCUGGCAACUGGGAAGAAGCUGGAGGAAAGAUGCCCUCUGAAUCUUUCUGUUUGGUUGCCCAGGCUCGACUUGACUCCAAAUGGUUGAAAACAGAUAUACAGCUUGCAUUCACAAGAGAUGGGCUCUGUGGUCUGUGGAAUGAAAUGGUUAAAGAUGGAGAAAUUGUAUAUACUGGGACAGAAUUAACCCAGAAUGGAGAACUCCCUCCUAGAAAAGAUGAUGGUGUUGAUGCUCAAAGUGGAUCAAAGAAAGAAGAUCUGAAUGACAAAGAGAAAAAGGAUGAAGAAGAUGCUCCUGCACCUGCUUACAGGGCCAAAUCAAUUCUGGAGAGCUGGGUAUGGGGCAAGCAGCCAGAUGUGAAUGAGCUGAAGGAAUGUCUUUCUGUGCUGGUUAAAGAGCAGCAAGCUCUGGCCAUCCAGUCAGCCACCACCACCCUCUCGGCCCUGAGACUCAAGCAGAGGCUGGUCGUCUUGGAACGCUACUUCAUUGCCUUGAAUAGAACUGUUUUUCAGGAGAAUGUCAAAGUUAAGUGGAAAAGCAGCAGCAUUUCUCUGCCUCCUGUGGACAAAAAAAGUUCCCGGCCCACCGGUAAAGGCGUGGAAGGACUUGCCAGAGUUGGAUCCCGAGCAGCUCUCUCUUUUGCCUUUGCCUUCUUACGCAGGGCCUGGCGGUCAGGUGAGGACGCAGACCUCUGCAGCGAGCUGUUGCAGGAGUCCCUGGAUGCCCUGCGAGCUCUUCCCGAGGCCUCGCUCUUUGAUGAGAGCACCGUGUCCUCUGUGUGGCUGGAGGUGGUGGAGAGAGCAACCAGGUUCCUCAGGUCUGUCGUGACAGGGGAUGUUCAUGGAACGCCGGGUACCAAAGGGCCGGGAAGCAUCCCCCUGCAGGACCAACACUUGGCCCUGGCCAUCCUGUUAGAGCUAGCUGUGCAGAGGGGCACGCUGAGCCAAAUGUUGUCUUCCAUCCUGCUGCUGCUCCAGCUGUGGGACAGUGGGGCGCAGGAGACUGACAAUGAGCGGUCUGCCCAGGGCACCAGCGCCCCGCUUUUACCUUUGCUGCAAAGGUUCCAGAGCAUCAUCUGCAGUAAAGACACGCCUCACGCAGAGGGGGACACGCACCUUUUGUCUGGCCCACUGAGCCCCAAUGAGAGUUUCCUGCGGUACCUUACUCUUCCACAAGACAAUGAGCUUGCCAUUGAUUUGCGGCAAACAGCUGUUGUUGUCAUGGCCCAUUUAGACCGCCUGGCUACACCCUGUAUGCCUCCUCUGUGUAGCUCUCCGACGUCGCAUAAGGGAUCAUUGCAAGAGGUCAUAGGUUGGGGGUUAAUAGGAUGGAAAUACUAUGCCAAUGUGAUUGGUCCAAUCCAGUGUGAAGGUCUUGCCAACCUGGGAGUCACGCAGAUCGCCUGUGCAGAGAAGCGCUUUCUGAUCCUGUCGCGCAAUGGCCGUGUGUACACCCAGGCCUACAAUAGUGAUACACUGGCCCCUCAGUUGGUCCAGGGUCUUGCCUCUAGAAACAUUGUAAAAAUUGCUGCUCAUUCUGAUGGUCACCACUACCUGGCUUUGGCGGCCACCGGAGAGGUGUACUCCUGGGGCUGUGGGGACGGCGGACGGCUGGGCCACGGGGACACUGUGCCCUUGGAGGAGCCUAAGGUGAUCUCUGCUUUCUCUGGAAAGCAGGCCGGGAAACACGUGGUGCACAUUGCAUGUGGGAGCACGUACAGUGCAGCCAUCACUGCGGAGGGGGAGCUGUACACCUGGGGCCGCGGAAACUACGGCCGGCUGGGCCACGGCUCCAGUGAGGAUGAGGCCAUUCCAAUGUUGGUAGCUGGGCUUAAAGGACUCAAGGUCAUUGAUGUGGCGUGUGGGAGUGGGGAUGCACAAACCUUGGCUGUGACUGAGAAUGGGCAAGUGUGGUCUUGGGGAGAUGGUGACUACGGGAAAUUGGGCAGAGGUGGUAGUGAUGGCUGCAAAACACCAAAGCUGAUUGAAAAGCUUCAAGACUUGGAUGUUGUCAAAGUCCGCUGUGGAAGUCAGUUUUCAAUUGCCUUGACGAAAGAUGGCCAAGUUUAUUCAUGGGGAAAAGGUGACAACCAGAGACUUGGGCACGGAACAGAAGAACAUGUUCGUUAUCCCAAACUCUUGGAAGGCUUGCAAGGGAAGAAGGUGAUUGAUGUGGCUGCGGGCUCCACCCACUGCUUGGCUCUGACCGAGGACAGCGAGGUCCAUAGCUGGGGGAGCAAUGACCAGUGUCAGCACUUUGACACCUUGCGUGUGACCAAGCCGGAACCUGCUGCACUGCCAGGACUGGACACCAAACACAUAGUGGGAAUUGCCUGUGGGCCUGCCCAGAGCUUUGCUUGGUCAUCUUGUUCCGAGUGGUCCAUUGGUCUCCGUGUCCCCUUUGUGGUGGACAUCUGCUCAAUGACUUUUGAACAGCUGGAUCUCCUACUGCGGCAAGUGAGUGAGGGAAUGGAUGGCACCGCUGACUGGCCCCCACCCCAGGAGAAAGAGUGCAUGGCGGUGGCCACGCUGAAUCUUCUACGUCUUCAGUUGCAUGCUGCCAUUAGUCACCAGGUUGACCCGGAAUUCCUUGGUUUAGGUCUGGGCAGCGUCCUCCUGAACAGCCUGAAGCAGACCGUGGUGACCCUGGCCAGCAGCGCGGGUGUGCUGAGUACUGUGCAGUCGGCUGCUCAGGCCGUGCUGCAGAGCGGCUGGUCUGUGUUGCUGCCCACUGCUGAGGAACGGGCCCGGGCACUCUCUGCUCUUCUGCCCUGUGCAGUUUCAGGCAAUGAGGUGAACAUAAGUCCAGGUCGUCGAUUCAUGAUUGAUCUUCUGGUGGGCAGCUUGAUGGCUGAUGGAGGGUUAGAGUCGGCCUUAAAUGCAGCCAUCACUGCAGAGAUCCAGGAUAUUGAAGCCAAAAAAGAAGCACAGAAGGAAAAAGAAAUUGAUGAACAGGAAGCGAAUGCCUCAACAUUUCACAGAAGUAGGACUCCAUUGGAUAAAGACCUUAUUAAUACUGGGAUCUAUGAAUCUUCUGGUAAACAGUGUUUGCCCCUGGUUCAGCUCAUACAGCAGCUUCUUAGAAACAUUGCUUCUCAGACUGUAGCCAGAUUAAAAGACGUUGCUCGUCGGAUUUCAUCGUGUCUGGACUUUGAGCAACAUAGUCGUGAAAGAUCUGCUUCAUUGGAUUUGUUACUGCGUUUUCAGCGUUUACUUAUCAGUAAACUGUAUCCAGGAGAAAGUAUUGCUCAGACUUCAGAUAUUUCUAGCCCUGAGCUGAUGGGCGUUGGCUCCUUGCUGAAGAAGUACACAGCCCUUCUGUGCACACACAUUGGUGAUAUACUGCCUGUGGCAGCUAGCGUUGCUUCUACUAGCUGGCGGCACUUUGCAGAGGUGGCUUGCAUCUUGGAAGGGGACUUCACGGGUGUUCUCCUUCCAGAACUAGUAGUUUCUAUAGUGCUUCUGCUCAGUAAAAAUGCUGGUCUUAUGCAAGAAGCUGGAGCUGUUCCUCUGCUGGGUGGCCUGUUAGAACACCUGGACCGGUUCAACCACCUUGCACCAGGAAAGGAACGAGAUGAUCAUGAAGAGUUAGCCUGGCCUGGCAUAAUGGAAUCAUUUUUUACAGGUCAGAACUGUAGAAAUAAUGAGGAAGUGACGCUUAUACGUAAAGCUGAUUUGGAGAACCACAAUAAAGAUGGAGGCUUCUGGACUGUGAUUGAUGGGAAAGUGUAUGACAUAAAGGACUUCCAGACACAGUCGUUAACGGGAAAUAGUAUUCUUGCUCAGUUUGCAGGGGAAGACCCAGUGGUAGCUUUGGAAGCUGCUUUGCAGUUUGAAGACACACGGGAUUCAAUGCAUGCAUUUUGUGUUGGACAGUAUUUGGAGCCUGACCAAGAAGUUGUUACCAUACCAGAUCUGGGAAGUCUCUCUUCACCUCUGAUAGACACAGAGAGGAAUCUGGGCCUGCUCCUUGGGUUACACGCUUCCUACUUAGCAGUGAGCACGCCGCUGUCUCCUGUCGAGGUCGAAUGUGCCAAGUGGCUUCAGUCGUCUAUCUUCUCUGGAGGCCUGCAGACCAGCCAGAUCCAUUACAGCUACAACGAAGAGAAAGACGAGGACCACUGCAGCUCUCCUGGGGGUACACCUGCUAGCAAAUCUCGACUCUGUUCCCACAGAUGGGCCCUAGGCGACCAUUCCCAGGCAUUCCUGCAGGCCAUCGCUGACAAUAACAUCCAGGAUCACAAUGUGAAGGACUUUCUGUGUCAAAUUGAAAGGUACUGUAGGCAGUGCCACUUGACCACGCCAAUCACCUUUCCUCCUGAGCAUCCUGUGGAAGAGGUCGGCCGCUUGCUAUUAUGUUGCCUCUUAAAACAUGAAGAUUUAGGUCAUGUAGCAUUAUCUUUAGUUCAUGCAGGUACUCUUGGUAUCGAGCAAGUAAAGCACAGAACAUUGCCUAAGUCAGUGGUGGAUGUGUGUAGAGUUGUCUACCAAGCAAAAUGCUCACUCAUUAAGACUCACCAAGAACAGGGCCGUUCUUACAAGGAGGUCUGUGCUCCUGUCAUUGAACGUUUGAGAUUCCUCUUCAAUGAAUUGAGACCUGCUGUUUGCAAUGACCUCUCUAUAAUGUCUAAGUUUAAACUGUUAAGUUCUUUGCCCCGUUGGAGGAGAAUAGCUCAGAAGAUAAUUCGAGAACGAAGGAAAAAGAGAGUUCCUAAGAAGCCAGAAUCCACUGAUGAUGAAGAAAAAAUUGAAAAUGAAGAGAGUGAUUUAGAAGAAGCUUGCAUUUUGCCUCAUAGUACGAUAAAUGUGGACAAAAGACCCAUUACAAUUAAAUCGCCCAAGGAUAAAUGGCAACCACUGUUGAGUACAGUUACAGGUGUUCACAGAUACAAAUGGUUGAAGCAGAAUGUUCAGGGCCUUUAUCCGCAGUCUGCACUCCUCAGUACAAUUGCUGAAUUUGCCCUUAAAGAAGAGCCAGUGGAUGUGGAAAAAAUGAGAAAGUGCCUACUAAAACAGUUGGAAAGAGCAGAGGUUCGCCUGGAAGGGAUAGAUACAAUUUUAAAACUGGCAAGCAAAAAUUUCUUACUUCCGUCUGUGCAGUAUGCUAUGUUUUGUGGAUGGCAAAGACUUAUUCCUGAGGGAAUUGAUAUAGGGGAACCCCUUACAGAUUGUUUAAAGGAUGUCGAUUUGAUCCCACCUUUUAAUCGAAUGCUGCUGGAAGUAACUUUUGGCAAGCUGUAUGCUUGGGCUGUUCAGAAUAUUCGAAAUGUUUUGAUGGAUGCAAAUGCCAAAUUUAAAGAGCUUGGUAUCCAGCCUGUUCCCCUGCAAACCAUUACCAAUGAGAACCCGUCAGGACCGAGCCUGGGGACGAUCCCGCAAGCACGCUUCCUCCUGGUGAUGCUCAGCAUGCUCACCCUGCAGCAUGGAGCAAACAACCUUGACCUCCUGCUCAACUCCGGCACGCUCGCCCUCACACAGACGGCACUGCGGCUGAUUGGUCCCAGUUGUGACAAUGUUGAGGAAGAUAUGAAUGCUUCUGCACGAGGAGCCUCUGCCACAGUUUUGGAAGAAACAAGGAAGGAAACGACUCCUGUGCAGCUCCCUGUCUCAGGACCAGAACUGGCUGCCAUGAUGAAGAUUGGGACCAGGGUCAUGAGAGGUGUGGACUGGAAAUGGGGCGAUCAGGAUGGGCCUCCUCCAGGCCUAGGCCGAGUGAUUGGUGAGCUGGGAGAGGAUGGGUGGAUAAGGGUCCAGUGGGACACAGGCAGCACCAACUCGUACAGGAUGGGGAAAGAAGGAAAGUAUGACCUCAAGCUGGCGGAGCUGCCGGCCUCUGCACAGCCAUCUGCAGAGGACUCGGACACAGAAGAUGACUCAGAAUCUGAACAAAUUGAAAGGAACAUUCACCCCACAGCAAUGAUGCUUACCAGCACGAUUAACUUACUGCAGACUCUCUGUCUCUCUGCUGGAGUGCACGCUGAAGUCAUGCAGAGUGAAGCCACCAAGACUCUGUGCGGCCUUCUGCGAAUGUUAGUGGAAAGCGGGACGACGGACAAGACACCUUCUCCAAACAGGCUGGUGUACAGAGAGCAGCACCGGAGCUGGUGCACACUCGGAUUUGUGCGGAGCAUUGCGCUCACGCCGCAGGUGUGCGGCGCCCUCAGCUCCCCACAGUGGAUCACGCUGCUCAUGAAGGUCGUGGAAGGGCAUGCGCCCUUCACCGCCGCGUCGCUGCAGAGGCAGAUCUUGGCUGUGCACUUAUUGCAAGCAGUGCUCCCAUCGUGGGACAAGACAGAAAGGGCAGGGGACAUGAAGUGCCUUGUGGAAAAGCUGUUUGGCUUCUUGGGCAGUUUGCUCACUACCUGUUCUUCUGACGUGCCGUUACUCAGAGAGUCCACGCUGAGGAGGCGCAGGGCCCGCCCGCAGGCCUCGCUGACCGCCACCCACAGCAGCACUCUGGCAGAAGAGGUGGUGGCUCUGCUCCGCACGCUGCACUCCCUGACCCAGUGGAACGGACUCAUCAACAAGUAUAUCAACUCCCAGCUCCGCCUGGUUACCCACAGCUGCUCAGGAAAGCCGUCGGAGGGGGCCCUGCUAGAGGACUACUUCCCCGACUCUGAGAACCCAGAAGUAGGAGGCCUUAUGGCCGUCCUGGCUGUGAUCGGAGGGAUUGACAGUCGCCUGCGCCUGGGGGGCCAAGUCAUGCAUGAUGAAUUUGGAGAAGGCACCGUGACUCGCAUCACCCCAAAAGGCAAAAUCACUGUGCAGUUCUCUGACAUGCGGACAUGUCGUGUUUGCCCGUUGAAUCAGCUGAAACCACUCCCUGCUGUGGCGUUCAAUGUGAACAACCUGCCUUUCACAGAGCCCAUGCUCUCUGUCUGGGCUCAGCUGGUGAACCUCGCUGGAAGCAAAUUGGAAAAGCACAAAAUAAAGAAAUCACCUAAACAGGCCUUUGCAGGACAAGUGGACCUGGACCUGCUGCGAUGCCAGCAGUUAAAGUUGUACAUACUAAAAGCAGGCCGAGCACUGCUCUCCCACCAAGAUAAACUGAGGCAGAUCUUGUCUCAGCCAGCUGUUCAGGAGACGGGAACUGUUCAUACAGAUGACGGAGCAGCUGCAUCCCCCGACCUUGGGGACCUGUCCCCCGAAGGGCCGCAGCCCCCCAUGAUCCUCUUGCAGCAGUUGCUGGCCGCAGCCACCCAGCCAUCCCCCGUGAAGGCCAUAUUUGAUAAACAGGAACUGGAGGCUGCUGCCCUUGCUGUAUGUCAGUGUUUGGCUGUGGAGUCCACUCACCCUUCAAGCCCAGGGUUUGAAGACUGCAGCUCCAGCGAGGCCACCACACCUGUCACCAUGCAGCACAUCCGCCCUGCCAGGGUGAAGAGGCGCAAGCAGUCGCCUGUUCCUGCUCUGCCUAUUGUGGCACAACUCAUGGAAAUGGGAUUUUCCCGAAGGAACAUAGAGUUUGCACUGAAGUCACUCACUGGCGCUUCUGGGAAUGCGUCUGGCUUGCCUGGGGUGGAAGCCUUGGUUGGGUGGCUGCUGGACCACUCCGAUGUGCAGGUCACAGAGCUCUCGGACGCAGACACAGUGUCUGACGAGUAUUCAGAUGAGGAGGUGGUGGAAGAUGUGGACGACGCAGCCUACUCUGUGUCUACUGGUGCUGUUGUGACGGAGAGCCAGACCUACAAAAAACGAGCUGAUUUUUUGAGUAAUGAUGAUUAUGCUGUGUAUGUGAGAGAAAAUAUUCAGGUAGGAAUGAUGGUUAGAUGCUGUCGAACAUAUGAAGAAGUGUGCGAAGGCGACGUGGGCAAAGUCAUCAAGCUGGAUAGGGAUGGAUUGCACGACCUCAACGUGCAGUGUGACUGGCAGCAGAAAGGGGGCACCUACUGGGUUAGGUACAUUCACGUGGAACUUAUAGGCUAUCCUCCACCAAGUUCUUCUUCUCACAUCAAGAUUGGUGAUAAAGUACGGGUCAAAGCCUCUGUUACCACGCCAAAAUACAAAUGGGGAUCUGUGACUCAUCAAAGUGUGGGAGUUGUGAAAGCUUUCAGUGCCAAUGGAAAAGAUAUCAUUGUCGACUUUCCUCAGCAGUCUCACUGGACUGGUUUGUUAUCAGAAAUGGAGUUGGUGCCUAGUGUUCAUCCGGGGGUUACGUGUGAUGGCUGUCAAAUGUUUCCUAUCAAUGGAUCCAGAUUCAAAUGUAGAAACUGUGAUGACUUUGAUUUUUGUGAAACGUGUUUCAAGACCAAAAAGCACAACACCAGGCAUACAUUUGGCAGAAUAAAUGAACCAGGACAGUCAGCAGUAUUUUGUGGCCGUUCUGGAAAACAGCUGAAGCGUUGUCAUAGCAGUCAGCCCGGAAUGCUGCUGGACAGCUGGUCCCGCAUGGUGAAGAGCCUAAACGUGUCAUCCUCGGUGAACCAAGCAUCUCGUCUGAUUGAUGGCAGCGAGCCCUGCUGGCAGUCGUCUGGGUCGCAAGGAAAGCAUUGGAUUCGUUUGGAGAUUUUCCCAGAUGUUCUCGUUCAUAGAUUAAAAAUGAUAGUAGAUCCUGCUGACAGCAGCUACAUGCCUUCCCUGGUUGUAGUGUCAGGUGGAAAUUCCCUAAAUAAUCUAAUUGAACUAAAGACAAUCAAUAUUAACCCUAGUGACACCACAGUGCCCCUUUUGAAUGACUGCACAGAGUAUCACAGGUAUAUUGAAAUUGCCAUAAAGCAGUGCAGGAGCUCAGGGAUCGAUUGUAAAAUCCAUGGUCUCAUCCUGCUGGGACGGAUCCGUGCAGAGGAGGAGGAUUUGGCCGCAGUCCCUUUCCUAGCUUCCGAUAAUGAGGAGGAAGAAGAUGAUAAAGGCAACAGUGGAAGCCUUAUCAGAAAGAAGGCUGCAGGGCUGGAAUCGGCAGCUACGAUAAGAACCAAAGUGUUUGUGUGGGGACUAAAUGACAAGGACCAGCUGGGCGGGCUGAAAGGCUCCAAGAUAAAGGUUCCUUCGUUCUCUGAGACUCUGUCUGCUUUGAAUGUGGUACAGGUGGCUGGUGGUUCUAAAAGUUUGUUUGCAGUGACUGUGGAAGGGAAGGUAUACGCCUGUGGAGAAGCCACAAACGGCCGGUUGGGGCUGGGCCUCUCCAGCGGGACAGUGCCCAUCCCGCGGCAGAUCACAGCACUCAGCAGCUACGUGGUCAAGAAGGUGGCUGUCCACUCAGGUGGCCGACACGCUACAGCUUUAACUGUCGAUGGGAAAGUGUUUUCCUGGGGUGAAGGUGAUGAUGGAAAACUUGGACAUUUCAGCAGAAUGAACUGUGACAAGCCAAGGCUGAUAGAGGCCCUGAAAACCAAGCGUAUCCGGGAUAUCGCCUGUGGGAGCUCACAUAGCGCGGCUCUCACGUCCAGUGGUGAACUGUACACCUGGGGCCUCGGAGAGUACGGCCGCUUGGGACAUGGGGAUAACACGACACAGCUGAAGCCCAAAAUGGUGAAAGUCCUUCUUGGUCAUAGAGUAAUCCAGGUUGCGUGUGGAAGUAGAGAUGCACAGACCCUGGCUCUGACUGAUGAAGGUUUGGUAUUUUCCUGGGGUGAUGGUGACUUUGGAAAAUUGGGCCGGGGAGGAAGUGAAGGCUGCAACAUUCCCCAGAACAUUGAGAGACUAAAUGGACAGGGAGUGUGCCAGAUUGAGUGUGGAGCUCAGUUCUCCCUGGCUCUCACCAAGUCAGGAGUGGUGUGGACAUGGGGGAAGGGCGAUUACUUCAGGCUGGGCCAUGGCUCUGAUGUGCAUGUGCGCAAGCCGCAGGUGGUGGAAGGGCUGAGAGGGAAGAAGAUCGUGCACGUGGCUGUAGGGGCCCUGCACUGCCUGGCGGUCACGGACUCGGGGCAGGUGUAUGCUUGGGGUGACAAUGACCACGGCCAGCAGGGCAAUGGCACAACCACGGUUAAUAGAAAGCCCACGCUCGUACAAGGCUUAGAAGGCCAGAAGAUCACGCGAGUAGCUUGUGGGUCAUCGCACAGUGUGGCAUGGACAACUGUUGAUGUGGCCACGCCCUCUGUCCAUGAGCCUGUCCUCUUCCAGACUGCAAGAGACCCUUUAGGUGCUUCCUAUUUAGGUGUGCCUUCAGAUGCCGAUUCUUCUGCUGCUAGUAAUAAAAUAAGUGGUACAAGUAAUUCUAAGCCAAAUCGCCCUUCUCUUGCCAAGAUUCUUUUGUCGUUGGAUGGAAAUCUGGCCAAACAGCAGGCUUUAUCGCAUAUACUUACAGCACUGCAAAUCAUGUAUGCCAGAGAUGCGGUGGUGGGGGCCCUGAUGCCAGCCGGCAUGAUCGCCCCAGUGGAGUGCCCUUCCUUCUCCUCGGCACCCCCUUCUGAUGUGUCUGCCAUGGCUAGUCCCAUGAAUGGAGAGGAAUGCAUGCUGGCUAUUGAUAUUGAAGACAGACUGAGUCCAAAUCCAUGGCAAGAGAAGAGAGAGAUUGUCUCCUCUGAGGAUGCUGUGACCCCCUCUGCAGUGACUCCAUCUGCUCCCUCUGCCUCCUCUCGGCCAUUUAUCCCAGUGACAGAUGACCCAGGAGCUGCCAGCAUCAUUGCAGAAACCAUGACCAAAACCAAAGAGGAUGUUGAAAGCCAAAAUAAAGUGUCAGGCCCAGAGCCUCAGUCCUUGGAUGAGUUCACCAGUCUGCUGAUCGCUGAUGACACCCGUGUGGUGGUGGACCUGCUCAAGCUGUCGGUGUGUGGCCGGGCUGGGGACAGGGGCAGGGACGUGCUGUCAGCUGUGCUGUCCGGCAUGGGCACCGCCUACCCGCAGGUGGCAGAUAUGUUGUUGGAGCUCUGUGUCACCGAGUUGGAGGAUGUAGCCACAGACUCACAGAGUGGCCGUCUUUCCUCUCAGCCUGUGGUGGUGGAGAGUAGCCAUCCCUACACUGACGACACUUCCACCAGUGGCACGGUGAAGAUACCAGGUGCAGAAGGACUCAGGGUAGAGUUUGACCGGCAGUGCUCCACGGAGAGGCGCCACGACCCUCUCACGGUCAUGGAUGGCGUCAACAGGAUUGUCUCCGUGCGGUCAGGCCGAGAGUGGUCCGACUGGUCCAGUGAGCUGCGCAUCCCUGGGGAUGAGUUAAAGUGGAAGUUCAUCAGCGAUGGGUCUGUGAAUGGAUGGGGCUGGCGCUUCACAGUCUAUCCCAUCAUGCCAGCUGCAGGUCCUAAAGACCUCCUUUCUGAUCGCUGCGUCCUCUCCUGUCCGUCCAUGGACUUGGUGACGUGUCUGUUAGACUUCCGACUUAAUCUCACCUCCAACAGAAGCAUCGUCCCUCGCCUGGCGGCCUCACUGGCAGCAUGUGCACAGUUGAGUGCCUUAGCUGCCAGUCACAGAAUGUGGGCCCUUCAAAGACUGAGGAAGCUGCUUACAACUGAAUUUGGGCAAUCAAUUAACAUAAAUAGGCUGCUUGGAGAAAAUGAUGGGGAAACAAGAGCUUUGAGUUUUACAGGCAGUGCUCUUGCUGCUUUGGUGAAAGGCCUUCCAGAAGCUUUGCAAAGGCAGUUCGAGUAUGAAGAUCCUAUUGUGAGAGGUGGCAAACAGCUGCUCCACAGCCCAUUCUUUAAGGUACUAGUAGCUCUCGCUUGUGACCUGGAAUUAGACACUCUCCCUUGCUGUGCAGAGACGCAUAAGUGGGCUUGGUUCCGGAGAUACUGCAUGGCCUCUCGAGUUGCUGUGGCUCUGGACAAAAGAACACCAUUGCCCCGUCUGUUUCUUGAUGAGGUGGCUAAGAAAAUUCGUGAAUUAAUGGCAGACAGCGAAAAUAUGGAUGUUCUCCAUGAGAGCCAUGACAUUUUUAAAAGAGAGCAAGAUGAACAACUCGUGCAGUGGAUGAACAGGCGACCAGAUGACUGGACUCUUUCUGCUGGUGGCAGUGGAACAAUUUACGGAUGGGGACACAAUCAUCGGGGGCAGCUCGGGGGCAUCGAAGGUGCAAAAGUCAAAGUGCCCACUCCAUGUGAAGCCCUUGCAACACUUAGACCAGUGCAGUUAAUUGGAGGAGAACAGACUCUCUUUGCCGUGACGGCUGAUGGGAAGCUGUAUGCCACUGGGUAUGGUGCAGGUGGCAGACUAGGAAUUGGAGGGACAGAGUCGGUAUCUACCCCAACAUUGCUUGAAUCCAUUCAGCAUGUGUUUAUUAAGAAAGUAGCUGUGAACUCAGGAGGAAAGCACUGCCUUGCCCUCUCUUCAGAAGGAGAAGUUUACUCUUGGGGUGAGGCAGAAGAUGGGAAGUUGGGACAUGGCAACAGAAGGUAUUACAUGAAAAUGUCAUUUUCAAUGUUAUGUUUUCCUUUGCUUUUGUUUGUGGAGGCGCUGCAGGGCCACCGCGUGGUUGACAUUGCCUGUGGCAGUGGUGAUGCCCAGACUCUCUGCCUCACGGAUGACGACACCGUCUGGUCCUGGGGGGACGGGGACUACGGCAAGCUCGGCAGAGGAGGCAGUGACGGCUGCAAAGUGCCGAUGAAGAUUGAUUCUCUUACAGGCCUGGGAGUGGUUAAAGUGGAAUGUGGAUCCCAGUUUUCAGUGGCUCUUACUAAAUCUGGAGCUGUUUAUACAUGGGGCAAAGGUGAUUAUCACAGGCUGGGUCAUGGAUCUGAUGACCACGUUCGAAGACCUCGGCAGGUUCAAGGGCUGCAGGGGAAGAAAGUCAUCGCCAUUGCCACUGGCUCCCUGCACUGUGUGUGCUGCACAGAGGACGGUGAAGUUUACACGUGGGGUGACAAUGAUGAGGGACAACUAGGAGAUGGAACAACAAAUGCUAUCCAGAGGCCUCGAUUGGUAGCUGCCCUUCAGGGUAAGAAGGUCAACCGUGUGGCCUGCGGCUCAGCACACACCCUCGCCUGGUCGACCAGCAAGCCUGCCAGUGCUGGCAAGCUCCCUGCACAGGUCCCCAUGGAGUACAAUCACCUGCAGGAGAUCCCCAUCCUGGCACUGAGGAACCGGCUGCUGCUGCUGCAUCACAUCUCAGAGCUCUUCUGCCCCUGCAUCCCCAUGUUUGACCUGGAGGGCUCUCUCGACGAAACUGGGCUCGGGCCUUCAGUUGGGUUUGACACUCUACGAGGAAUUCUCAUAUCCCAGGGAAAGGAGGCAGCUUUCCGAAAAGUGGUACAAGCAACUAUGGUGCGAGAUCGCCAACACGGGCCUGUUGUGGAGUUGAACCGAAUUCAGGUCAAGCGCUCCAGGAGCAAAGGGGGGCUGGCCGGCCCUGACGGCACCAAGUCCGUUUUUGGGCAGAUGUGUGCCAAGAUGAGCUCGUUCAAUCCCGACAGCCUCCUCCUUCCUCACCGUGUCUGGAAAGUCAAGUUUGUGGGUGAAUCCGUGGAUGACUGCGGUGGCGGCUACAGCGAGUCCAUAGCUGAGAUCUGUGAAGAGCUGCAGAACGGACUCACACCCCUGCUGAUUGUGACACCCAAUGGGAGGGAUGAGUCCGGGGCCAACCGAGACUGCUACCUGUUCAACCCGGCCGCCCGGGCGCCCGUGCACAGCAGCAUGUUCCGCUUCCUGGGUGUGUUACUGGGCAUUGCCAUCCGGACCGGGAGUCCCCUGAGCCUCAGCCUGGCUGAGCCCGUGUGGAAGCAGCUGGCUGGGAUGAGCCUCACGAUCGCAGACCUCAGUGAGGUUGAUAAAGAUUUUAUUCCUGGGCUCAUGUACAUCCGUGACAACGAAGCCACCUCGGAGGAGUUUGAGGCUAUGAGCCUGCCCUUCACGGUGCCGAGCGCCAGCGGCCAGGACAUCCAGCUGAGCUCCAAGUACACACACAUCACCCUGGACAACCGUGCGGAGUAUGUUCGGCUAGCGAUAAACUACAGACUCCAUGAAUUUGAUGAGCAGGUGGCUGCUGUUCGGGAAGGGAUGGCCCGAGUCGUGCCCGUCCCCCUUCUUUCUCUGUUCACUGGAUACGAAUUGGAGACGAUGGUGUGCGGCAGCCCUGACAUCCCUCUGCAUCUUCUAAAGUCGGUGGCGACAUAUAAGGGGAUCGAGCCUUCCGCAUCCCUGAUCCAGUGGUUCUGGGAGGUGAUGGAGUCCUUCUCCAACACAGAGCGCUCCCUCUUUCUUCGCUUUGUGUGGGGCCGGACGAGGCUGCCCAGGACAAUUGCUGACUUCCGGGGCAGAGACUUUGUCAUCCAGGUGUUGGAUAAAUAUAACCCUCCUGACCACUUCCUUCCUGAAUCCUACACCUGUUUCUUUUUGCUGAAGUUGCCCAGGUAUUCCUGUAAACAGGUGCUGGAGGAGAAGUUGAAAUACGCCAUCCACUUUUGCAAAUCCAUAGACACAGACGAUUAUGCUCGCAUAGCCCUUACGGGAGAGCCAGCUGCCGAUGACAGCAGCGAUGACUCGGAUAAUGAGGACGUGGAUUCGUUUGCUUCAGACUCUACGCAGGAUUAUUUAACAGGACACUAAGAUGGAGACUCAGCAAGAGACCGAGCAAGGAGGCAGAGUGCUGCUGUUGAGAUUGCAGAAUGUCCGAGAUGUCUGGUGAGAAACGUCAGUCUUCAGAAUGUGCGGGAGGGAGGUGGAGAGACUGACUGCUCGUGACUGGAAUAAUGAAGAGAAUAAUGAUGGGGAAAUUAGCCUGGGCACGUGGAACUCUAUGUGGACACUUGGCAUUUACUUUUGAGACUUAAAGGGGUCUUCUCACCCGUAAUGCUGCAUUACAUGUAGGACUCUGUGUUUACUAAAGUGUGUAAAUGUUUAUAUAAAUACUGAAUUGCAGCAUCCCAAAAAUGAAUAAAGCCUUUUUACUUGUGGGUGCAAUAGAUUUUUUUUCUUUUUUCCUCAAGUGUCGUGAAUUUUUUGAUUGUAUAUUGGACAUACUGUGUAACAAUUAAAUCGUAUUAUAAAUAUUUCAAUUAAUUUUACUCUGAAUUUGUUUAUUAAAAGCUUUUUGAACAU